AUGAUUCUGCCGAAAACCCCUAUUGAUUUCAUUUUCGACGAAACUGUCAAGCGCCUGUCAGAGACCUUCAGGGAGAAGUCCUCCGUGGUCAAUAUCCGAUACAAGUGUCUAAAACUGGCGAAAAAACAGACUAUUUUGACGCUCGCCAGUAUCUUCAAUCGCGAGUGUGAAAAGUCAAAGCUCGGAGAGAUAGCAGAAGACCAAAUUAAAGUGUUUCAUCAUCCCACAUUCAAGACUGAAUUUGAGACAAGGAGGAAGUAUCUUACGGUUACUAUCGACAGCAAACCCAUACGCCUCCAGCUUUACACGGCAUCAGACAUCAGCCUCCCCUCCAAACGCGCUUGGCAGAUGACUGGACGGCCUCCGAUGAUCACAUCGGACAAAAAAAUUGUGGAAGUUUUGGGAAGGUUCCUCCGGCCCACGGGUGAGCUAAUAUGUGACGUUUCCUUUGAUGGCACUCAAUUCAAAGAAACUUGCUACCCUACCAGCCGUCUGAGACUUCACCUAAUUGGCCAUGACCAGAUCGUGAAACUCGGUCUCCUGGAACUAUCACUUAACCACAUUUGCAAUAGUGUGCAGUCAACUUGGCCGAGUGCUGCCAAACUGUAUCAGCUGACGGCAAAGCUUAUGUCAACCCUAAAGGCAAAAUUUUCUCCAAUUUUUCAAGACGGUCAUGCUGAAGAGGAUUCAUCCUCCGAAGAUUACGCUAUAAUCGACGGUAUUGCCGAGCGGAUUGCCCGUCUCGUUUCCGCGUCUGCCGACAAUCAUGUUGCACCAUUUGGCGAACAGAUUUCAGACAGCGAUAUUACCUUUGACCGCUCUCUGCCUGGUCUUCACACGUACCUUGGUGAAGAUGUUGUAAACGUCGAUGGGCGGAAUCAUAUUCAGCCUGGAGAAAUUCUGAAUCUGCGCGCCUUUUACCGUCCAGGUAUCAUUCUUGUUCCUGGGUACACACUCCCACUGCUUAUACAAGAAGCUACACAAAUUGAUGUACUCCGGGCUUUUAAGGAUUCCGUGGCAAUCCUCCCUGGGUGCUUUUCAAGGCGCAUCCUCUAUGACGACUUUGUUGGGCGUGUUGCUACAAUCGCGGACCUCAUGACCAUUCGUCAGUCAGGAAAUUUGCAAAAUCCAGUUCUCCUUGGAAGGCAGCGAUUGGAAAUUAUUAGUGUUCAACCGUCUUAUGAAAGGUCAGCUAUUGUUCCAACAUCUUCGAAAUAA